AUGCUUCCAGUGAAGUUUUUAUCGUAAGGAUUAGAAAUGACAAUGAUUGUGAGAAGAUACAUUUUAUGAUGACAUUUUAUGAUUCCAUUUGAAGUGACAUUGUUAUUAAAGUAUAAGUUGUUUUCCUCUCUUCAUGUAUUUUGUCUCUCUCAAAGUUUGAAUAUCCGUCACAACGACAUUCUCACCAUAUUCGAUGGUCACGACCUCAUGUCCCAUGUGAUCGGCCAGUACCUGGGGUCACGAGAACGUUUCCAGGUCGUGUCAGGUGGUUCUGAGGUCACUAUUCAGUUCCAGAGUGACCCUGACGACUCCUCCUUUAUUCUCAGCCAGGGAUUCCUUAUUCACUACCGUGGUACGUACACAUACAGGACUUUUACAUACAGGACAUUAACAUACACAUAAAGGACAUAAUAUAAAGAACAUUGAUUGCCCAAACAUGACAUCACACAAAAAUAUGUACAUUUUCCUGGCGUGUAUUCAGUGAAGCAAAAUGUUAAUAACCGUACCAGUCAGAGGUUUGGACACACCGACUCAUUCAAGGGUUUUCUACAUUGUAGAAUAAUAGUGAAGACAUCAACACUAUGAAAUAACUUAUAUGGAAUCAUGUAGUAACCAGAAAAGUGUUAAACAAAUCAAAAUACAGUAUAUUUUAGACUUUAGAUUCUUCAAAGUAGCCACCCUUUGCCGUGAUGACAGCUUUGUACACUCUUGGCAUUCUCUCAACCAGCUUCACCUGCAAUGCUUUCCCAACAGUCUUGAAGGAGUUCCCACAUAUGCUGAGCACUUGUUGGCUGCUUUUCCUUCACUCUGAGGUCCAACUCAGGUCAUCAGGGGAUUGUGGUGGCCAGGUCAUCUGAUGCAGCACUCCAUCACUCUCCUUCUUGGUAAAAUAGCCUGGACACAGCCUGGAGGUGUGUUGGGUCAUUGUCCUGUUGAAAAACAAAUGAUAGUCCCACUAAGCGCAAACCAGAUGGGAUGGCAUAUCGCUGCAGAAUGCUGUGGUAGCCAUGCUGGUUAAGUGUGCCUUGAAUUCUAAAUAAAUCACAGACAGUGUCACUAUCAAAGCACCCCCACACCAUCACACCUCCUCCUCCAUGCUUCACGGUGGGAACCACAUGAAGAGAUCAUCCGUUCACCUACUCUGCGUCUCACAAAGACACGGCGGUUGAAACCAAAAAUCUCCAUUGCUCGUGUUUCUUCUUCUUAUUGGUGUCCUUUAGUAGUGGUUUCUUUGCAGAAAUUCGAUCAUGAAGGCCUGAUUCACGCAGUCUCCUCUGAUCAGUUGAUGUUGAGAUGUGUCUGUUACAUGAACUCUGUGAAUGUCACGAAUUCAGAUGAGGCUGCCCCUCCUCCUUGCUCGAGCAGGUUUCGGCGUUCGUCGUCACCGGCUUACUAGCCACUACCGCUCCAUUUAUCAUCACUCCAUUUGUCUUGUCUUGUCUUGUCAAUCACUCACACCUGGUACUCAUUCCCUCAUUAGUCUGUGUAUAAGUGUUCCCUCUGCCCCCUUGUCCUUGGUGAGUGAUUAUGUGAUUAGGUGUGAAUGACAGUCAGGCGCAGGAGGUAAAAACACAGAAAUCCAGAGUUUCUCACCUAUGGAGUCAGCGGGAGAAGAGCGCACAUCUGGAAUCGUGGCAAGGGUCCAGGAGCAUUCCACGAUGCUGGCCAGCUUGGGGGAAGCGAUGGAUCGGGUUCUUCAGGUCGUCCAACGCCUGGAGAGAAGAGGAACCGAUCUGUCGAGACCAGCUGGCCAACCGGAUCCAACCACCUACAUCACAGCACCCGGAGGGAUCCAGAUAUCCCGACCUCGGGCGUUCGAUGGGAUGCCGGCUCUGUGUCAGGGAUUCCUUCUCCAACUGGAGCUGUACUGCUUCAGUGUCAGGCCGGCGCCAUCAGAUCGAGAGCAGGUGUCCGUCCUCAUUUCCUGCCUCUCGGGGAAAGCCCUGGAGUGGGCCAACGCGGUUUGGAGAGAAGGAGGAGCCGCGUUGGAGGACUACAGGGAGUUCGCCCACCUAUUUCGGUGGGUUUUCGAUGGGCGGGUGAGCAGCUGGUCCACUUGAGGCAGGGGACGAGGACAGUACAGGAGUUCGCGCUGGAGUUCCGGAUCCUGGCAGCAGGGUCCGGGUGGAAUGAGUGGGCCCUGAUCAACCAGUUCCGUUGCCAUCUACGGGAGGACGUCCUACGGGAGCUAGCCUGCCGUGACAGCAGUUUGUCUUUUACCGAACUGGUGGACAUGGCCAUUCGUCUGGACAACCUGCUGGCAACCAGAGGACGUCCUGGAGGAGGAUUUGUUUAACUCUUUUUUUGGUUACUACAUGAUUCCAUAUGUGUUAUUUCAUAGUUUUGAUGUCUUCACUGUUAUUCUACAAUGUAGAAAAUAGCAAAAAUAAAGAAAAAUCCUUGAAUAAGUAGGUAUGUCCUAACUUUUGACUGGUACUGUAAUAUGAACAGACAAUACGGUUACAUAUUCUACCUCAAUUGUGUGUUCUACACGAUACAUUUCAAUCUGAAUGUUCUGUAACAUUAUAUCCUCCUGAACAAGCACCUGGUUUAUCCUACAUCUAAUGACAUCAUCUUAUUUCUCAUGCAGAGGUAGAGCCUAAUGACACCUGCCCUGCCCUCCCUCAAAUCGAAUUUGGCUGGAUUAGCUCCUCCCACAGCUCUCCCGUGAGGGGAAGUGUGUUGACCUAUCAGUGCCAGCCGGGGUAUGACAUUAGUGGCUCUGACAUCAUCACUUGCCAAUGGGAUCUUUCCUGGAGUAACAGCCCACCCACCUGCAUCAAA